AUGGAGCCGGAGGGCGCGGGCCCGGGCGCGGGCGCGGGGGGCGUCCCCCCCGCCCCGGCCCCGCCGCCGCCUCUGCCGCCUUUGCCGCCGCCUUUGCCGCCGCCUUUGCCGCCGCCUUUGCCGCCUCCGGCCCCUCCGCGGGCGGAGCAGCAGUACGAGUGCGUGGCGGAGAUCGGCGAGGGCGCCUACGGGAAGGUGUUCAAGGCCCGCGACCUGAAGAACGGCGGCCGCUUCGUGGCGCUGAAGCGCGUGCGGGUGCAGACGGGCGAGGAGGGCAUGCCGCUCUCCACCAUCCGCGAGGUGGCGGUGCUGCGGCACCUGGAGACCUUCGAGCACCCCAACGUCGUCAGGCUGUUUGACGUAUGCACGGUCUCGCGCACAGACAGAGAAACCAAGCUAACACUAGUGUUUGAACACGUGGAUCAAGAUUUGACGACCUAUUUGGACAAGGUGCCAGAGCCCGGAGUGCCCAAUGAGACCAUCAAGGACAUGAUGUUUCAACUGCUCCGAGGGCUGGAUUUCCUCCAUUCACACCGAGUGGUGCACCGGGACCUGAAACCACAAAACAUCCUCGUGACCAGCAGUGGACAGAUCAAACUGGCUGACUUUGGCCUCGCAAGAAUCUACAGUUUCCAGAUGGCUCUCACCUCAGUGGUGGUCACGCUGUGGUACAGAGCCCCCGAAGUGCUGCUUCAGUCCAGCUAUGCAACCCCGGUGGACCUCUGGAGCGUCGGCUGCAUAUUUGCCGAAAUGUUCCGUCGAAAGCCUCUGUUUCGUGGAAGUUCAGACGUGGACCAACUAGGAAAAAUCUUAGAGGUGAUUGGCCUCCCGGGGGAUGAAGAUUGGCCAAGCGACGUCGCCCUGCCCAGGCAGGCUUUCCAUGCCAAGCCCCCUCAGCCCAUCGAGAAGUUUGUCACGGACAUAGACGAGCUGGGCAAGGAUUUACUUCUGAAGUGCUUGGCUUUCAACCCAGCCAAAAGAAUCUCUGCCUACAGUGCCCUGUCUCACCCCUACUUCCACGACCUGGAGAAAGGCAAGGAGACCCUGGACUCUCGUAUCUGCCCGGGCCAGACCACCGCGGAGGUCAACAGCGCCUGAGCCCGCAGAGGCGGCGGGAAGCUGGACUUGGAAAUGAACCACAGGUGUUGCUGACAGGCCGCUCUGCUGGGAGCCGGCCCCGGAGUUGCGGCCCGCCUCAUCCGGGAAGCCCCCGCUCGGCGGACUGUCGGGAAAUCAAUGCAAACCCCCCAACCCCCAGCCCCCCAGUGCCGUGGCCCUUCAUUCUGUUCUCGUUGGUGUGUCUGUCUGUUGGGGUGCACGUUCUUGAGCUCAUGCGUUCGUACGCUGGAGAUACCUGGAGGAAUUCCAGACAAAGAGAAGCUGCUGACCAGUUUUGCUGCCAUUUUAUUCAUCUAACCUUGAAUGCUGCCCGGGUGAAGUCGGAUCAGCCAGUCACUGCCGAAAUACGAUGCAAUCUCUCUAUAGCUGCUGAAGCCUGAUCUGGUACUCUAUGGGCGCACGCGUGUGCAAACGUAUGUGAGUGUGUGUGUGUGUGUGUGUGAGUGAGUGCUUGCGUGGAAGUGGGUGCCUGUGUGUGGAUGGGUAGGGGUGAUUCUGUAAUCUCUCAAAGUAUUAUUUUAAAAACCAAACGGAAACAA